UUAAUAAAAAAAAUGUGACUUGCCGAUGCAGGAUAACUUCAACUCUACAGUCUACACAGCUUUAGGUGUAUCCCAUGUAUCCCAAGUCAAAAUGAUGGGAUAAUUUUGCUUUUUUCUCUGCAGUAAACACGAGGUUUCUUUCCUUUCUUCCAUAUCUCUUACGGUUUCCAGUAGCAUUGAUGUAAAGUUAAUGCUUUGGUGCAAAUGCGUUUGGUGAUUCUCUGUUUUUGAUACUAAUCCUUUGAAUUCUAUUUAUACACUGAAACUGUAUUUUCAAACUAGACCUCUUGUCUGUUCCAUCUUGAAGAAAAGGAAAGGAGAAGCACAUUAGAGCUACAUUGCUCAGAAGCCAUGUUUGAUUCAACAUGCCAUCCAAAGAACACCAUUUCUAAAUUUGCCCACAAAAAAACAUUUAUGACAUGAUUGCACCAAUAGUAAAAACAAUAAAUGGGUUGUUCUAGAAUUGCCAGAUUAUCUAAAUAUUGAAUGCAUACAUAAAACCCCUUAAUCCUUACAGCUGUAACUUGAACACGAGACAAAAGUCCUUUGCGCAUGGAAGUUAAAAGACUUGAAGUCAGGAAGCCAGUUUACAUGGAAAGACAAUUUCUCUCAACAAGAAAGGCAGGUGUUCGGUGAAAAUAGAUAAGAAUUAUUAGUGGGCUUAUCUCAAUUCCAGUGACAAAAUCUUUAAACUGCUAAAGAACAUUCUUUUUGGAGUUACAAAAAAAUAAAAUAAAAUAAAAUAAAAUAAAAAUAAAUAAAAGCACUGAGUAAGCUUUUAUGUCUAUCUCCCACAAAGACCAGACAGUAUUAACAAAAAAAGGUUAAUUGCCACCCAUAACUCUUUCUGCCACUUCCUACCCAGCUCACAGACUCACUUCCAUAAACAGCAAACACACUCACACAGCACAGAUGGAAACAAAACAUAUCUUUUCUUGCCUUUUAAAGGGAGAGAGUGGAGAUAUAAACCCGCGGUGAAAACAGCUCUUCUAAAAGAAAUGGGACUUAGAGGUAGAUGUUUGAUAUAGAGAGAGAAGCAUCUUCUUGACUUCUUACAUGGUUCCUGCUUAAUGAGUUGCUGUCGAAGUUUGGUAGUCUGAUUACCUACCAGCUUAUUCACUUCAGAAGAUCAUGGAAUGUUGAUAUGUGGGAAGGAAUCGGCGCUGUGAUUCCCCAGGAGAUGGAAAAAAUAACAUCGACAAUUCAGCAUCUUCAAUUUAUGUGAUGAUCCUGAGUUAGUGAGUUCAUGAUGUCCGCCAACCCUAAAAUGGCAGAGCAACUGAAACUGCAUCAACGCUGGGAGUUUCGGAGGAAAGACAAUGAUUCCGAUUCUUCAAGCAAUGAUUCAAAACCAAGUGGCGAGCCAGCUCUCAAAACAUACAAACUGAUCUCCAGCUUCAUUUCAGUUGACAAUGAGGAAACUAGCGAGGCUAGUAAGCUGCACCAGAAUGGGAGUACUUCGGACCAAACAUCCUGGAAAUCUGGGAAAGCAGAAAAUGGCCGGAGGAGGAGGAAGAGUAAAAGGGAUGAUUCAGCUCCGAACGAGAUAAAGAAGGGCCCUCGUAAAGGAGUCCGCCGUAAGAAGAGUAAAACUAUUACUGAUGAGCAGGCUGUAUUUCAUGAUCUUAAGAAAUACAUGAACUUCUUAUUGGAGGAUCUUAAAGUUUCAAGAGAAAAUUUGUUGAAGUGGAUGAGGGAAGAAAUGCAGAAAUUGGUGGCAGAGGAGACAGUUUCUGAGCUGGAAACAAGAGAACGCAGCUUCAGAGGAGAGAAAGUUCAAUUGCAGAACCAAACCAACUUUGAGGAGAAUGCGGAAGUUCAGCACCGAAACAUCUUCGAGAAGAACAUACCGGCACAACAUCAAAACAACAUUCAGGGGUAUGGCCAACUGCAGGCCCAUAAAGAGUUUGAGGAGAACGUCCACGGGCAGAACCUAAUCAAUUUCAAGAACUCUGAAGCGCAUCAUCAGGAGACCAUUUUCCUGCAGAAUCAAAAUGCCUUCAAAUCUUUCAAAGGGGCUCAAGACUGCAAUGAUGAAUCUACAGAGAGGUUUGGUGAAACCAAUAAAUCAGCUGAUUUUAGUAAUUGCAUUCUAUCAUUGGACAGUCAAGCUGGUUAUAGCCGAGCAAAUGUACCCUCAUCAAGAAUUGAGAAGGACAGAGAAGAAAGAAUGGCAUUAUCUGCCAGGUUGAAUUCUAAACCUAAUUCUUCGGAUCAGAAUGUGCAAGUGCAGCAGCUAAAUAGCAUUGUGUUGGGCAUAAGAGCUCAAAGCGACAAUAAAUCUUCAGAGAGGUCUGCAAAAGGCAGAAAGAAUAGCGAUUCUAAUAGUCACCGUCAAGUACCUGAACAUCAAUCUGAUUGUGCCCAAGUGAUUGGAUCCUUGACAUCAACUAAGAGGGACAAAGGAGAAAGACUGCCAUUAUCUGUCCAACCAAUGUUUCCAGCUAACUCCAACCAGGUAGCUUCGUCAAUGUACUUAACACUGCCUACUGUGUUAACAAAGCCUCACGUAGCAAACCAUAGGUUUGAUACAUCUUCAUUGAACUCUAUUCAACCAAGACUUGCUGGGAAUCAAAUAGGCUUGAGUUCAGAAAGACCGAAUCUGUUACUAGGUUCAAGCAGUCAUCAUGGAUACUUUCAGGACAUGCAGCCAGAGGAAAGAAGUAGAAACUUUGCUCAAGUGAGUUCCAGAGACAUCAGUUAUUUCAACCAAAAUAGCACGUCACCAAUUGUUGGAAAUGGACUCCCAGAUCCACUUCUUCAGGCCGUAAAUAGUAAUUUUAAUAUUCCAGCCCAUGUCAGCUUGGAAAAUCUAGCUCGAGAAAGCAGCAUGCCAAGCCUAAGCAUGAGUGGAGGAGCCACGAGGCUCCCAGGGGGAAGCCACUCUUUCUCAGAACAGUUUAUAGCCAGCAACUUUCUCAACCAUUCUAGUUACAAAGUAGAUGGUAGACUAAUGGCAUAUCAAGAUGGUUAUCUAUUCCAAAAAUAGUUUUUCAUUCGAGGCGAAUAAUGAGCAGGAACGAAAAUUGUAUUAAACUAUGGGCCCGAGAUCCUCCUAAACAUCUCUUUAUUGUUUUUGCCUAGCUUCAAUGUUUAACAGUUGUAAGAGAGAGCAAUUUUGAUACUUUCAAGGAUCCUUCACCUGGCAAUAUACUAGGAAAGUGGCGUUUGGAGUGGGUACACGUCUUGAUAGAUACUGUAAUUUAACAUUGGCAAGUGAGAUAAGGGAUGCUCUUUCAAUUAGCUUGGGUAUCUGCUUUUCCCAUGAUGGGUUAUCUGAAGUUUCAAUGCCUCAAGUGCACUCACUAUGCAAGAAAAUGAAAGAUUUGAGAUUGAUUGAUUCCUUCAUUUUUACCUCUCAAAAAAGGCUGCAGGGAUGUCAGAGAAGUGAUUUCUUCAUAGUCAACAGGAAUAUUUAUCUCCUUUUCAUUUGGAUUUGAUCGAUUGGUGUCAAUUUUGUUCAGCAAUAAACUACAACUUUUUUUUUUUUAUGCUGUUGAAUGUAGAGGGAAUAAGUGCAGGAUGGCGUGCGUUUCUUUU